AUGGCUGCCGCGGGAUGGGCCAUCUUCUCUCCAGACUCGCGUGCCCGCCUCAUUAGUGCUCUGGCCGGUGUGCCCGGGCCGAGAUUGGGUGAAUCAGGACCUCAUUCGACCUGCUCAUCGGGCAGAUGGGCAACCGGCUUGGCGGCUGGCCCAGAAGUCUGGCAGGAAAGGCAUCAAUCAUUUGUUCUGGUGUACAAUUUGACCGUUGAUUCGGCACGGUUGGAGGCGGUGGGUGGUGGGUGGUGGGUGGUGGCACCGACGGAAGACAUCUUCGAGGCCCAC